GGUGACUUUGGGUUGGAUAUCAGGAUGGCUCGAGCUGGAGGUGAGGCAACGAUGACAACUCUCCUACUCUUCGUCUUGCUUCCGAUGAUCGUAUCGGAAGGAAGAGUCACGAAACGUGGGGCAUCGGCGGUGGAGAGGAGAAGCGUGUUGGACGAUGGCCUCGGCCGGACUCCUCCCAUGGGGUGGAACAGCUGGAACCAUUUCCAAUGCAACAUCAACGAGCAGACCAUCAGAGAAACUGCUGAUGCACUGGUGAACAGUGGACUUGCCAAUCUGGGUUAUCGAUAUGUCAACAUAGAUGACUGCUGGGCAGAACUCAACAGGGACUCUCAAGGAAAUUUAGUGCCAAAGAAGUCGACGUUCCCCUCUGGCAUUAAGGCGCUUGCAGAUUACGUGCAUGGAAAAGGGCUUAAGCUUGGAAUCUACAGUGAUGCAGGGACGCUGACAUGCAGCAAGACAAUGCCCGGCUCCUUGGGACAUGAAGAACAGGAUGCAAAGACCUUUGCCGCCUGGGGGAUCGAUUACUUGAAGUAUGACAACUGCAACGACCAGGGUCUCAAACCAAGUGAAAGGUACCCCAAGAUGAGCAGAGCUCUAAAGAAUAGUGGAAGGCCUAUUUUCUUCUCUCUAUGUGAAUGGGGUGUCGAUGAUCCAGCAACUUGGGCAAGCACUUUAGGACACAGUUGGAGAACAACAGAAGACAUCUUCGACAAAUGGGACAGGAUGAUAUCGCUUGCCGAUCAGAACGAUAGAUGGGCAGCUUAUGCAAAGCCUGGUGGCUGGAAUGAUCCGGAUAUGCUUGAAGUCGGAAAUGGCGGGAUGACAACAGAGGAGUAUCGAUCGCAUUUUAGUAUAUGGGCAUUGGUCAAGGCUCCCUUGUUGAUUGGAUGUGAUGUAAGAUCAAUUACCAAAGAAGCAUACGAUAUACUGAGCAACCAAGAAGUCAUUGCUGUUAAUCAAGACUCACUUGGAGUUCAAGGGAGGAAGAUAGUUUUGGGACCCAAUAAUACAGAGGUUUGGGCGGGUGUACUCAGCGGCGGGAGGGUGGCUGUCGUCCUGUGGAACCGAGGAAGCUCAAGGGCAACGAUCACAGCCCAAUGGCCUAACAUCGGCAUUGUGUCACCAUCGGCUAUUGUUAAAGCUCGUGAUAUUUGGGCACAUGCGGAUAUUGGCAAUCUUCAAGGGCAAAUCACCGUUACGGUGGACUCUCAUGCUUGCAAGAUGUACAUUCUGACACUGCAGUAGAACAUUAUGCUCGUUGCCAUGUAAGACUUGGAGUUGGAGCACAAAGAUGCAGAAGCCCGUUUCUUUCACAUAUUUCAUGAACAAGCUUGCUAUAUUUUUCGAUUCAGUGAAGACUACACCGUUGUGAUUGA